AUGGGUAACCAGGUGGUGAUCGCGAAGGCGGCGGCGGGCGUGGCGUCGGACUACUGGGUACACGACCUGCCGCGCGGCGUGGUGCUCAAGGACGUGUUGGCGCCGGGCCGCUUCCUCAAGACGCUCGACUGCUUCCACCACGAGGGCCGCGUCAUCGUCAAAGUCUUCCUCAAACGCGCCGACCUCAACCUCCCGCUGCAGGCCAGUCGUCCCCGCGCCUUCCUGCUGCCACUUCCGCAGUGCCUUCCCCACCUCACAAGAAGCGACAUCGCCGCUGGGCAGGCACCCCGUGCGCUCGCCACGGCUGUUGACAGCGGCAACUGCAUGGCCUCCUUAUCCCCAUCCCAUCCCAUGCUGCGCCCUCCCAUGCGCUCUCCCCUGCGCCCUUAUCUGCGCCGUCCCCUGCGACCUUAUCUGCGCCCUUACAUGCGCCCUUGCACUCUUACCUGUGCCCUCCCCUGCGCCCGCCCGUCUUUCCCCCUCUACCAGGCGUACGAGCAGCAGUUGAAGGUCAUUCGCCAUCGCCUCUCAGGCAUCGACAAGUCGCACGUCUGGCCCUUCCAGUUCUCUGGUCCUCUCUCUCACCCCUCCCCCUGGUCUGUCUGCUCCGCCGCCCCCUGCCUCGGGCAGAAGUGGUACGAGACGGAGAGAGCAGCGUAUGUGCUGAGGCAGUACUUCUUCAGCACGCUGCACGACCGCCUCGGCACGCGCCCCUUCCUCGGCCUCACCUUCAAGAAGUGGAUCGCCUUCCAGGUAACCCUGCGCCCGUGCAUUGCCACCACUCGUUCCAUGCGCCUCAUGCCCUCCCACCCCUCAUCUGCAUGCUUGCAAAGCCACCAUCUGCAUGCUUGCAAAGCCACCUCCCUCUCAUUCACGCAUCCACACCUCCCCCUCACCACACCUACCUUCCGUCGCCACGCACGUGGAACAAUGAGCACACACUGCGAUCUGAAGGCGGACAACGUGUGUGUGACGGCGUGGAACUGGGUGCACGUGGUGGACUGGGCGCCCUUCAAGCCCGUCCUCAUCCCCUCCGACAACCCCGCCAUCUUCUCCUUCUUCUUUGAUACCGCCCCCUCCGGCCGCCGCCGCUGCUGCAUCGCCCCUGAGCGGUUUGUGUCGGCGAGUGAGUGGAGGCAGAGGCAAAGCGAAGGGGAGGGCGGAGUGGGGGGGGCACAGCUGCAGCCUGCCAUGGACAUUUUCUCCGCAGGGUGUGUGAUAGCGGAGAUGUUUCUGGACGGCGAUGUGCUCUUCGACCUCUCCUCGCUGCUCGCCUAUGUGCACGGCUCCUACGAUCCCCUCCCUGUCAUCGACCGGAUCCCGUGCCCAUCAGUGCGCGCCCUGGUGGCGCACAUGGUACACACGGACCCCGCGCAGCGCCUGCCAGCAGCCGCGUACCUCACGGCGUUCAGCGACCCCCACGGCGCCGCGCUCUUCCCCCACCCCGCCUUCGACGCCCUGCAUGACGAGCUCUUCUGCCACCUGCCCGCUAUGGACGCUGAUGGCCGGGUAACAUGGGGUGGGGGGGGGGUUCAUGUGAUGGUGAUGGGGCAAUGCGAUGCACCUGCUGCUGCUGCUGCUGCUGCUGCUGCUGCUGCUGCUGCUGCUGCUGCUGCUGCUGCUGCUGCUGCUGCUGCUGCUGCUGCUGCUGCUGCUGCUGCUGCUGCUGCUGCUGCUGCUGCUGCUGCUGCUGCUGCUGCUGCUGCUGCUGCUGCUGCUGCUGCUGCUGCUGCUGCUGCUGCUGCUGCUGCUGCUGCUGCUGCUGCUGCUGCUGCUGCUGCUGCUGCUGCUGCUGCUGCUGCUGCUGCUGCUGCUGCUGCUGCUGCUGCGGGUGCGGGUGCUGCCGGCAUGUGGCAUGUGCAGCAGCAGCUGGGUGUAUUGGGGGCCAUGGUCUCAAGCGACAACUCCUCGCGCAUGGCUCAACUCCUUCCACUUCCCUCCCACUCUCUCCUCCGCCCUGCCUCACCUCCUCCCCCUUGCCCCAGAUCGCCCUCACCCGCCAGCUCUACCCGCGCCUCUCUCGCAUCAUUGCUUCCUCGCUGCACGGGGGUGGGGAGGAUGCUGAAGAGGAGGGAAUUGGGAAGGGGGCGGGGGGGGAAGGGUAGCGCUGGGGAGGCAGUGAGUGGGGAGAGUGGAGUGUUGGGAAGGGGGGAUGGGGAGCAGGGUGGUGAGCAGGAGGUUGCAGCGGAAGGGGGUGUGGAGGGGUGUGGUGAAUUGAGGGGGGAUGAGGAGGGCGAUCGUUCUGAGAAGGUGCUAAGCAGUGCGAGGGAGAAAGAUGAGAGCCUGCAGGGCAGCAGCAGCAGCACCGGGUGUGAUGUUAGUGUAGGCGAUGGCACAGGUGGUGAUGGCGUGGGGAGGGGCGACAUCAUGCGUGGCACUGAGAGAGGCGAGGCAGCUGGGAGAGGUCCAACAUGUGGGCCACGCACCACAGCCGCACGGGGCCGUGCGAGUGAGGGCACAGGGGGCGGUGUGGGCAACAGCGGCAGCGCCAUGGUGCUGCUGGUGGGGCUGCUCACGGCCUGCCUGCGCAACGCUCGCCUGCCGCACUCACGGCGCCACUGCCUGCUGCUGCUGCACGCAGCAGCACAGCACUGCUCGCACGCGGUGUGUCUGCAGGCUGUGGCGCCCUUCCUGGUGGCGGUGCUGGCCCCGGACGGGCUCACGGCCACGCCGCUGCACGCCCUCGACACGCUCCUCCCCGGCGGGGCUGCCAGCCCGCCCCUCGUGCGCUGCACCGCGCUCACCGUGCUCACGCGCCUGCUGGCGCGCGUGCGCUGCUUCCCCUCCACGGACGCGCGCUUCUUCCCCGAGUACCUCUUCCCCUCGCUCUCCCUGCUCCCCCGCUCGCCCGAUGAGACUGUGCGCGCCACGCUCGCCCUCUGCCUGCCCUCCCUCGCUGCCUCCGCGCUGCGCUUCUUGCUGCUCCCCGCAGGGGCCACGUGCGCCACUGGGGGAAGCGAGGGGGAGUCCGGGCAGGGGGCGAAUGAGGGAGAGAGGAAAAGCAGCAGUACAGCAUGGGAGGAGUGGGGUGGUGGAGAGACGGAUGGCGACAACGACAGCAGCAGUGGCAUGCCGGGGUUCUCCUUGGCAACCUCCGGCCUGCCGCCGUCCCAACGAGUCAGCAGCUGUGCCACGCUCACCUCUCUCAAGGCGCUUGCAGCGGCAGCGGAGCGGCUGGCAGAGCAGCACAUGGGAGAGCUAGCGGAGGUGAGGGAGGCGGUGCGAGUGGCGGUGGAGGAGCUCUCCACGCUGCCCCGCAGCACGCCCCCCAUCCGCCUCUCCCUGCUGCACCACGCCCCCUCCCUCGCUGUCUUCCUCGGUCCCCCCCUUGCCACCACUGCACUGCUCCCCCUGCUCAUCACCUUCCUCAACGACCCCUCCCCCCGCGUGCGCGCUGCCUUCUUCCACACGCUGCCCGCGCUCUGCCCGCAUGUGGCCCCCUCCGCACUGCCUGCCUUCCUCCUGCCGUGCCUCGAGCAAGCCCUGGGGGACACCUCGCAUUCGUCCGUGCCUGCUGCUGCUGCCGCGUGCCUGGCCCAGCUCGUGCGCUCCCAGCGCCUGCAGCAGCGGCGGUGGCUGCUGUCAGCCGCACGCCAUGCAGCGCCGCUGCUCAGGCACCCUGAGGGGGACGUGAGGGGCGCUGCUGUGGCGUUUGCAGCGGCUGCAGCGGGUCUGCUGUCGGCUGUUGACGCCCACGCGCUGCUGCUGCCGCUGCUCUCCCCCUCCCUGCGCUACCGCCCUGCGCUGCUCACCUCCCCCGCCUCCCUUGCUGCUGCGCUCAAGGCGCCCCUGUCUACCCACCCUGCUUUGCCGCCCCAGCCACCCCUCCCAGCGCAAGCAGGUGUGGCGUCGUGGCAGAUGAGUGCAGGGCAAGCAGUGCCCGACCUCCGCGUGCCGCAUGCGCUCUCGCCUGCUGCUGCGCGCGAAACGGAGGCUGGCCGUGCUGCUGCAGGUGCGCGUGUGAGUGUGGGCGAGCAUGGUAGCAACAGAGGAGUUGGUGCAAUGAGCGGCGAGGAUGAGCAAGGUGCAGACACGGGAGCAGUGGGCCGGGGGGAAGGAGGCGCAGCAGACAUGCAAGGGAAGCGGUCGGUGGGGCAGGAGGAGGGGAGGGACGUGGCGAUGGGAGGGCAGGCGGCGAGUGGGCGAGCAGCAGCAGCAGCAGCACAGCACGUGGCCUCGUCGACACUCGCUCACUCCCUCUCCAUGCAAUAUGCUGUGCCCCCCGCACACGGAGCAGCACCAGCAGCGCCAUACCCAGCCAUGGCUGCUGCGCUUGCCAGCAUGCGCACCGACACGGGGCAGCCCUGGCCGCCCCUCCCCUCCACUGCACCAUGGCCUGCCACCACUCACUCGCCUGCUUCCACCGCUCACUGGCCCUCCACACCCCUCCACACUCCCCUGCCUGCCUCUGCAUCUCACUCUCUCCUCGUCCCCCCCCUUCCCCCUCUCCACCCCUCCAUCUCCCCACUCCACCCUGUUCGAUUCCCAUCCCCUCGCCCCGCAUCCUCCCCACUCUCGCUCUCCUUGUCCUUCCACCGCCCCCCUCCUCCCCUCACCGUCCACCCGCCCUCCGCUCUCCCCUCCUCCACCACUCGCCAACCCCUUUCCACACACUCUCUCGCUCCCAUCCACCUUCCCCUUGCUCCCUCUCUCCCGUCUCUCCCCUCUCCCUCGUCACACCCCUCACCCCACUCCCCAUCGGUCUCCUUCUCUCUCGCCCCUGCCAGCCCACACGCACAGUCCCACCCAGCCUUGGAUCUGCCACCCCUCGCGGUGCCGCUCUAUUCACUCGCCCACCCCGCCACCGCCCUGCCCACUGCACCCUCCACCUCUGCGCUUCCCUCCACCACCCUCUCUCCGCCCUCCCUGCCUCGCCCCCCGUCAGCACUCUCACCCUCCGCCUCACCCACUGCCACUCUUGCCGCUGCGGCUGUCACUGCGGCUGCUGCAGCCUCUGCGGGCGGCACAGGGCAACCCACUCUGGACGCGCUGGCAGCCGCACAAGCUGCCACUCUUGCCGCUGCUGCUGCCCCACUGCGUGCGCCUGCCUCACCAUCUGUUCCUGCUACCGCGACACUCUCUUCCUCCUGCUCGCAUGCCACAUCUCUGCCUGCUGUAGCACCCAGCAGUCCUGUUGUGGGGACAUGCGAGCAAUCCACUGCUGCUCCUGCUGUGAGCUCCACUCAUCCACCGGCACCUCACCUCUCAUCGCCCGCUGAUCUCCCCUUUGCCUUUGACUCGCUUGACGACCUCCCCUCUCCCCCCCCCACCUCCUCCGCUCUCUCCACCUCCCACUCUGCCUCCCACCCGUCCCUGCCACCACCCACCACGCCACAUGCCGCCACCACGCCCACCAGCACCCCAACGUCACUCCCACCCUCUCACGCCCUCCCUCCUCACACAGGCCCUCUCCUCCCCCACACACUGCGCGGCCCCCCUCCCCCCCCUCCGCCCCCCGCGCCGGUGUCGCACUCACUGGUGUUCCUGGGCACCACGCAGCCCCACACCCGCAUCUCCUCCCUCUCCCUCUCCCUCCGCUCCUCUCGCCGCCCCCCCUCCUCCUCCACCCUCCGUCCCUCCGCCUCCCCGGCUCGGCAUACCCUCCCCCCUGCCGUGCCUGCUGCUGGACCUGCCACCAUGUGUGCAGCAGAGGCUGGGCAGGGAGGCAGAGCAGAGGACGAGAUGGAGAGACGUUUGCCUGCGGCAGGCAGGGAGGGUCACACAGCGGCCCUACUGGAGAGGCCGAGGGCGUUAGCUGGUGGUGGUGCUGGGGGCGAGGUGUCACCACGUGCAGCAAGUCAAGCUCAAUCAUCCGUGGAUGAUUGUAGUGCCGCCCAUGUCAAUGCCACGUCAUCUGCCACGUCUGCAUCUCCACAUCUCGUGGAACCAGGUGGGGUGGGUGCGGGGAGCACGGGACAUGCACAACUGCCAGCAGCAGCACAGGUAGCACCACCAUCAGCAGCGGGUCAAGCAGCAGGCGCAGAGGCAGAGGAGAGCAGGGAACGUAGGGCAGCAGCAGUGAGCGGGGAGGUGCAGAGGCUGCUGGGGUGGGGCAGUGCGGACGACGGUGCCGCCAUGGCUCUGCUCCCCGCAUCCCCCUCGCUGCUCUCCACCACAGCAGCAGCAUGGCGGCCGCGCGGGGUGCUGGUGGCGCAGCUGCACGAGCACCGGGCGGCCGUGCCCGCGCUGGCAGUGGCGGGCAACAGCCAGUGGUUCGCCACUGCCUCGCAUGACGGCACUGUCAAGGUGUGGGACGCCACUCGCCUUGACCGCGGUACCGCUUUUCGUUCCAAACUCACGUACGCGCCGGGGGGAGCAGCAGUGGCAGGGGCAGGGAAGGCGACUGCGGUGGCGGUGAUGGGGGACAGUGCGACAGCAGCGGUGGGGUAUGCGAGUGGGGAGGUGCAUGUGGUGCACGUGGACUAUGCGCCGCGCUUCCUCUCCUCGCCCGACUCCUACCGCUGCAUCACUCGCAUGGCCUCCCUCGAGCCCGCCUCUUGGUCUUCCCCCUCCAGCCACGCCCCAGGUGCGGCAAGAGGGCCCAUCCUCUCCGUGCACUCGUGGGCGGCUUCUACCCUGGGCGCCACCCCGCCCUCCCUCUCUGCAUCCUCCUCCUCGCUCUUCUCCUGCAACCCCCUCUCCUCCUCGCACGCACUCCUCCUCGUCGCCUCGCUGCAUGGCGGCAUCACCCUGUGGGACAUGCGAGCUGCCCGCCCCGCCUUGUCGCUGCACCUGCACGCGGCACUGGGAGCGCCCACCCACGUGCUGCCCGACCCGCACCACGGCCUGUGGCUGCUCGCCGCCUCCUCCUGCUCCGCGCUCUGCCUCUGGGACCUGCGCUUCCUGCUCCCCCUCUCCUCCUGGCGCCUCCCCUCCGCCCCCUCCGCGCCCCACCCGCCCCCCAUCACAGCACUGGCGCCCAUGCUGCCCGCGGCCUUUCCCCCCGCAGGGGACGCUAUGGGGGCAGCGGCAGCAGGCGGGCCGGAGCACCUGCCAGGGUGGUUUGGGGCGGACCGCGGGAGCGCAGCAACAAAGGGGGCAGUGGGGGCGGCAGGGGGUGGGGCAGCAGCAGCGGGAGCAGGGGGGGCAGUGGGGGGGGCGUCACGGCCUCUGGUGUAUGUGGCGAGUGGCAGGGACGAGGUGGGGCUGUGGAGUGCCGACACGGGGCAGUGCCACCAGCCCUCCUCCAGCACCGCUCCCCCUCCCUCCCUGCCCUCGCGCUCCAACCUCCCCACCGCUCUGCAAUCCCGCCCACACCUGCUGCCGCUGCCACCCUUCUCCACCAGCACCACCACGCCCUCCGGCCGCAUGCUCUCCUCCUCGCCCUGCUUGCCCAGCGGCCCUCUGCCCCAGUCAACACAGUCAACGCAGUCAAGCGGGGCAAGUGGGGCAAGGCAGGCAAGGCAGUCGUUGCUGCGGGUGGAGCAGCUGAAGGAGCCACCGGGCAGGGCGGGGGGGGUGAGGGCGCUGCUGGGAGUGCCGGGGGGCGGUGCGCUGCUCACAGCCGGCACUGACUGCUGCAUCCGCUACUGGUGCCGCCUCAGGCCGGAGCAGAGUGGGUGGGUGAGCGGGCCCACAGCCAGGGGGGCGCGGGGAGAGGUGCUGCACCCGCGCUACGACAUGCGCAUCGUGCACGGCGCGAGAGUCAUUCAGGAGACCCCGCCCCCCUUCUACGUGGAUGCGGCGCGGCAGCGAGGCAGCGGUACGGGCGCCUCCACUCCACAAGCAGGCGGGCGGGCAGCAGCAGGCAGUCAGGGGCACGCGGAUACAGGCCCGGGAGGGGCAGCGGGAGGAGGUGGAGGGGCAGGGGGAGGGGGGCGGCGCAGCAUGGUGGAGGUGGCAGCGGUGGAUGUGGGGGGGUGCCACCGCGAUGCCGUGCUGGCACUGGCCGUGGCGGACCCGGGACAGCGCCUGCUGCUCUCUGCCAGCCCCACGUCAGCAGCGCUCGCGUGCAUGGGCGCGCAGCAGCCGGGGGGGGCAGCUCGAGCGGAGUCGGGGGGACAAGCAGACGCGCGAGUACGCAGUGAGGGCGGUGAGCGCGAUGAGGGGAUGGUGCGCGGUGGGGAGGGUGAGCGCGGUAGGGAGGGUGAGAGCGAUGGGGACGUGCGAAACGGCGAGCGGAUGGAGGGCGUGGCGAUGGGCGAGCGCGGAGAAGGGAACGGGCACGCAGGCUCUGGCGGGGAUUCUGCUUGGCAGAACGAGGGGUCGAGGGGGGCGCAGUUGGACUCGGCGCACGGGAUGGGCGCGGAGGGGCGAGGGGCGCGGCCAGAGCUGCGGAGAGUGCUGUUUGGGGAGCUGCAGCGGUUGCGAGGCGGAUGCGAUGAUGUCAGCUGUUCUGGUGGUGGUGGUGGCAUGGGGCACGCCAGAGCGCUGGAGCACGACACGGAGUUGCAUGAUGCGAUGGCAGGGUGGGGCGAGCACACAGUGUGCGCGUGGGAUCAUGAAUGGCCCUCGUGUGACCCGAUGCACAAUGGGGGCGACGGGGCAGGGGAGGUGGGACGCGGGGUGAGGGGGCGAGGCGAGUGGGACAGCGAUGAGGAGGCAGGUGGGCGGUGGGAGGAUGCGGAUGGCGUGUUGCAGCUGAGCGCAGACGAGUACGAGGCGCUGCUGCUGGACAUGCAGACGGCGCUCUAUGAGGAUGCUGAUGAUGCCCAGCCGCCACCCCUCCCCUCGGGCCAUCGGAGCAUGGAGGAGGAGGAGGCAUACCAGCAGGGCAUGGAGGAUGCUCAGAUUUUGGCCGCACUCGCUUAUCAGCAGGAGGCGACGGUGAUCUGCCCGCUGUGCAAGGCGAGUCCCCUGCGCAUGCACGGUGGCACCAUUGAGUGCUCCUGCGGCCUCUUCUCCCUCCACACACACCACCACCACGUGAAAUUGGAGCAUCUGGCAGCGCGGCUGCAGGAGGUGACGUGGCAGCACGCCAUGGACUGCCCUGCGCUGCCCUCCUUCACGCUCCACAGGAGCCACGGCGUCACCGCCCUCCUUGCUCACUGCUCUGCAUGCCCCUUCUUUGAAAUAGUGCUGUAG